AUGAAUCUUAGGACCAAGAAAAUAAUGAAGGUCUCUAAGGUCUUUGAGGGAAAACAGAGUAUGAAGCCGCUUUGUGAAGAUAUGAAGCUGGUAGGAGUCAUUACCAGUUGCAAACUAAAGGUUGCUCCAAAGUUCACACCUGCUUCUUGUUGGAAAACUUUCGUGAUUAAAUGGGCUUUGUGGUUGGACACUUCAUCAAAGAAACAACAUGUUGUAGCUCGUUCAAGCACCGAAUCUGAGUAUAGGGCCCUUGCCAACACUGCAGCUGAGAUCAACUGGGUUACUUCUCUCCUACUUAAACUUGGCCUUCCACUUGCUCUAUCGUAUCAGGAAGGAGAACACAUCAAUGACAAGUUUUUGAGGGACACUGGUUUUGGAUUUUUUACUGCAAGAAGCACCAUAACUUCAGCCCUAACAUGGUUCUUUUGGCUUGUUGCUGCACAUCCUUCAGUUGAAGCUAAGAUUGUUCAAGAGAUUAAGCAAAUAAAGGAAGUGAAAGACCAAGUAUAUCUCCAUGCUGCUUUGUGCGAAGUUUUAAGACGAUAUCGUCCCAUACCUUACGUGCGUAGGCAAGCAAUCAAAUACGACAUGCUCCCUAGCCGACACGAGCUGGUUGAUCCUCGCACUGUGAUAAUAUUGUCUUUAUAUGCAAUAGGAAGGUGUGAAGAGAUAUGGGGAAAAGACUGCUUGGAUUUCAAGCCCGAGGGAUGGAUCUCUGAAAGAGGAGACAUAAUUCACGUACCCUCGUACAAGUUCAUUAGUUUCGUUGCAGGACCCGGGACUUGCUUAGGUAACGACAUGUCCUUCAUUCAAAUGAAGUAA